CUUCCAAUCCACAUCAGUGGAGCGACUCUGGCAGCCGUGGCGGCCGCCUCUCACCCUCCUACGUCCCGCUUUUUUAACCGACACCCCACCGCUGAUGCGCCCAGCGGCCAUCACUCCUCACCGUGUGCUUCUCUCCAAACCUCCGCCAAGAUUUAGCUUCCUCUGCCGGUCUUUAACCCUAUAACGUUCCCUUCCCGUUUCAAAACAUUGUGCGCACUCUGGACUUUAAAACAAGCCGCCGAGUAAUACUUUUCACAAUCCGUUUCUGAAUGACGGGCGGCCGGUUCGACUUUGACGAUGGCGGCACGUACUGCGGAGGCUGGGAGGACGGCAAAGCCCACGGCCACGGCAUCUGCACCGGACCCAAGGGCCAGGGCGAAUACGCGGGUUCGUGGUCGAACGGGUUCGAAGUGGUCGGCGUUUACACCUGGCCCAGCGGGAACCUGUAUCAGGGCUACUGGGCGCAGGGGAAGCGCCACGGACUCGGCGUGGAAACCAAGGGCAGGUGGAUUUACCGGGGAGAGUGGGCUCACGGGUUUAAGGGCCGGUACGGAGUGCGGCAGAGCCUGAACACGUCAGCCAGGUACGAAGGCACCUGGAGCAACGGGCUGCAGGACGGAUACGGCGUCGAGACGUACGGGGAUGGAGGAACAUACCAGGGUCAGUGGACUGGUGGGAUGCGUCAUGGCUACGGUGUCCGUCAGAGCGUCCCGUAUGGCAUGGCCACCGUCAUCCGCUCACCUCUCCGAACCUCCCUUGCUUCCCUCCGUAGUGAGCAGAGCAACGGCACCGUACUGCACGACAGCCUGUCUGACAGCCCCGCUGGCACCCGUGGCGGCUUUGUACUCAACUUCCACUCAGACGGUGAAGGUUCAGAGAAGAAGAGGGGCCUUUUCCGCCGCGGCUCUCUCUUCGGCAGCCUCCAGCGGUUGCGCAAGUCAGACUCACGCUCAUCCAUCUCAAGCAAGCGCAGCUCGGCACGCAGCGACACCACCAUGAGCCGCAUCAGUUCCAGCGACGCCAACUCCACCAUUAGCUUUGGAGACGGGGACACGGCUGAUGACUACUUGCCACUGGAGGACAAUGUGGACGCCACCACCACCGAGUCCUACAUGGGUGAGUGGAAGAACGACAAGCGCAGCGGCUUUGGCGUCUCGGAACGUUCCAAUGGCAUGAAGUACGAAGGAGAGUGGCUCAACAACAAGCGCCACGGCUACGGCUGCACCAUCUUCCCCGAUGGCACCAAGGAGGAGGGGAAGUAUAAAAACAACUUGCUGGCCCGGGGCAUCAAGAAGCAGUUGAUCCCACUGAAGAACACCAAGACCAAGCAGAAGGUGGACCGUGCUGUGGAGGGAGCUAUCAGGGCAGCAGCCAUUGCCAGAACGAAAGUUGAGAUUGCGACAUCCAGGACGGCCCAUGCCCGGGCCAAAGGAGAGGCUGCAGACCAGGCUGCCCAGUCAGCUAGUCAGGAUUCUGACAUUGCCAGAGCUGUGGCCAGAGAGCUCUCACCUGGCUUCCAUCAGCCAGGCCCUGACUACAUAAGGCAAAAAUACAACGAGCCGGUUGAGGUGAAGGAGGUUCCCGAGGAGGAGAAGAAGGAGAAGUCACCAUCAGGGAGCCCUCAUUUCUAUCGUAAGGGCACAACACCGAACCAUUCUCCAUCCGUGAGCCCAGGUCCCAGCCCUCCUCCCUCACCCCCUGCUGUUAAGAAGGGCUUUUUCAGCAGUAAGACCUCUACUGUCGCCGUUGCUGCCCCAAAGCCUACUGGGAAAGAGAGCAAAACUCCCACUGCUGAGAGUUUGACUGCAGGUAUAACAAAGGCAGCAUCAAAGCUCUCUCUCAAACAGGAAGUGAGACAACAGGAGGCUCCUCCAGCUCCCAAACCAGCUGUUGCUAAGACAACCAGCAAUAACCCUAGCAACGGGCAAAUCCACUCCCAGUACCAUGGCUAUUACGUCAAGGCCGAUGUCAAGAUGCCACCACCGGAUGAACCGAUUGGCGUGGAGGACGACCUUCACCCAUCAAGCCUGGCACGCUUGCCGCCACCCGUAAAACAGUAUCAGGCACCUACACCAAAAGCCCUUCCAGCACCCACUCCUUCACCAGCCACUCCGAAAGACAGCACCAAAGCUCCAGAGUCCGCCAAAACAGACAGGCCAAAGAGACAGGAAUCAAUGAAACCAAAGAGCCUCGCAGAAACUAAGAAAGCCAGUAUAGAAAUCACUACAGAUAUUAUGGAAGAGGAGUCAGGCCCAAACGCUAUCUUGGUGGCUCUUGUCAUGCUGUUGAAUGUUGGUCUGGCAAUCAUUUUUGUCCAUUUCCUCACCUGACCAAAUCUCAACUCAGAGAUGCCGUGGCUGCCUCAGCGUAGGACCAGGUUCAAGUUGUGAGACAAGUGUUGGCUUCUCUUGUUACUGCAAAUCAAAGUGGAGGCCUUAAUCUAAGCCCAAGCAACCUGCUCCCAUUUUUGAUUAUUCUUGUGAAAACUGUAUUUGUACAGCUAUGAGGCUAUUUUCUACUGUUGAUACUUAAUAUGCCAUGUUUUUGCCCCCGGAAUGACAAGGUGUUGUGACUGAUGCUGAGAAAACACUGACAAUCGUUUUUGCUCUCUGUGUAGGAUUUCUAUGUCAUUGCACAUUGUGUACACUUUUUAAGGCCUUUUCACAGAGCAAGUCUUUGAAUAGCCUAUUUUUCUAAACAUGUUCACCAAACUGUAUUUUGGAAAGUUGGCUUGUUUGCUAAAUGUAACUUUACCUUUUUUUGGAGCAGUUGUUUCCAUGGAGAUC